UGGGCUGUGCUGCGGCUCAGUGUUCCACUGUUCCUUCACGCUGAGAGAAAAGAGACUGACGCUCGCGCGGGUGGAGACUGCCACACAUUUAAAUCCCCCGGUCGGUUUCCAGAUCAACCUCCUCUAACUUCUCCUUUUUGAUUUUCUCUGUAGUGUCGGAUUCUCCACAGCUGUAUUAAUGUCGUAGAUGGCGGGUCUGUAAGGGCGUCGUUGUUGGGAAGUUUUUGCUCGGGGGGGUUUGACCAGCAGCAGGGCCAUGGCAGUCGAGGCUCGGCCGGAGCUGGUCGGGAAGCGGUUCCUCUGCGUCAGCGGGGACAAGCCGCCUGAAAGCGGCGACACCGGUCGGUGGCCGUGGAGGUCCGGGGUCAUACGAGCUGUGAACCAUCAGAACAACGACAGUCUGGACUUGACGGUUUACGUGGAGUUUGAUGACCAGGAGUGGGAGAAGAGAGAGUGGGUGAAGGUCUAUGAGGAUUUCCAGCUGUUUCUACUGGAGCACCAGCUGGUCUGGGCCAAGAGGAAGGAGGGAGCAGCAGGAGGAGGAGGGACAGGAGGAGGAGGAGCAGGAGGCCUGCCGCAGGGAUCCAAGGCCAAACACAUACAGUGGCCUGCACUGGCGUUUAAGCCAGUGGUGGGGAAGAGCCUGUUGUCUCCAGUAACAGCGGUGGAAUUCUUGUUGGACCGACAUCUGGACUUUCUGUCGGACCAUUCAGCCUGCCAACCAUACCAGGAUGAGGUGGACUGUCAGAAUCCGGUUUUGAGAGAGAAUCAUCAGCUCUAUGAAGAAGUGAAGAACUGGCUGAAAGACCAGAAGGUGCAGGAGAUUUUUAUGCAAGGUCCCUAUUCAUUGAAUGGCUACCGCGUGCGAGUGUACAGACAAGACUCAGCCACCCAGUGGUUCACUGGAAUCAUUACACACCACGACCUCUUCAGUCGAAACAUGGUCGUUAUGAAUGACCAGGUGCUAGAGCCUCAGAACGUGGAUCCGUCUAUGAUCCAGAUGACCUUUUUGGAUGAUGUGGUCCAUUCCCUGCUAAAAGGAGAAAACAUCGGCAUCACUUCCAGACGGAGGUCCAGAUCCAGCCAAAACAACAACACUGCCCACAUGGCGGGAGGGAGACCCAGCGGGACCACUGGCAACACUCAGAGUCAUUACACACGAGCCCAAGCCAACAGUCCCCGCCCAAUAAUGACAUCAUCAGGCCCCAACCCGAAAGGCUCCCAGGGGACCCUGGCCUCCCAACAGCAGAGCCAAUCACAGCAAAGCCAGCAAACUGCCAGCCAAUCCCACAACUCCCCCAGCGGCAGCGGGCGGGAGCUGAGAGAACAGCGCAGCUCUCGCUCCUCCAGGAGGAAAGGAUCAGAUAGCAGUGUUCCAGAGGAGGACAAGGACAGGAAAGAGGAGACCACAGGGAGAGCAGACUCAAAGUCGAAGGCCAAGCAGGCCGUGAACAAACGCAGGAAGGGCGAGGAAGACGAGAAGAAGGCAGGUCUUAAAAGGCUGAAGACUGACAUGACCUCCGACCUGUCCGAGAGCAGCGACUCCGAAAACCCCCACAACAAGAGGGCUGUCCACUCCUCGUGCUCUUCUUCCUCAUCCUCCUCAUCAUCAUCAUCUUCCUCUUCCUCCUCCUCUUCGUCAGAGCCCAACUCUGAGAACGAGCUCAAGACUCGCAGCUCUGACGUCAAACCAAGCAGUGUUACCAGAAAGGAGGAAGAGGAGAAGCCACCGAAGCAGAGCCCCAAAAUGAAUGAUUCCUCCUCCCUGAUUGGCCGUCUAUCCCCGUGGGCGGAGCUUCAGGUAGCAGAGGACAGCAAGAAGGGCGUUGUUAAGGAAUCAGGCAAAUUGAUAUCAAAGGAGGAGGAGGAGCUGGUCGCAGUUACACAGAUCACGCAGGCUCCUCGACAGCCGACGCCUGUGAUAACUGAGGGCAGCGUUAUAGAGAGCAGCAAGAACACUGUGAAAGGGUCAUCCCGAUCCCAGACGCCGUCGCUGUCCAAUCUCCACAGCGGGGCUGUGAUCGACAUCACGGAUGACGCUCAGGCAACGGUACACCAGGAGAGUUCAGAGGCGGUGUCAGCGCUGCUCGCCUCCGAGAAGGCUGAGUCCACAUCCCUAUCACCUUACCUCCCCCUCAACCCCUCUCCCGUCUCCUCGCCUCCUGUCCCUCCUUCUCCCUGUCCAUCAGAAGGAGGCCGCAGGACAGAUAUCGAGCCUCCCAUGCAGCAGCCGCAGCAGCAAGGCGUUAUCGGAGGGGGCAUGACAGCAGCGAGGAGCAUAAGCAGCAAGAUUGAGUUUGCACCCUCGGAGGUCAUCAGGCCUGUCACGUCGAUAGCAGAGAAUGUUGUUCUGGUAGAGAAGGAGAAACCUACACCCCCUCAUCCUCAUCUUCAUCUUCAUCAACAGCAGCAGCAGCAUCAGCAACACACACAACAACAGCAACAGCAACAACACUACCCAUCUGUUCACCCCAGCAUUAAGAGCCCGUCUCUGUCUGAGGAGACGAGAAAACGCCAUCAGCAGCAGCAGCAGCAGCAGCAGCAGCAGCAGCAGCAGCAGCAACAGCAGCAGCAGCAGCCCCCACCCCCCCUCAGGAUGAACACAGUCCUUCCCCCUGAAAUGUCCAAAUCCAGAAUGAGCCCCAACCCCAGCCCGGCUCAGCUUGACUCUUUAAAACAGAAACACCCCCACCCUAACAACUCUCAAUGCCAUCUCUUCCCUAACACAAACCCAUCUGACCUUCUCAAGGCUAAGCCCCACCCGGGCCUGCUGGACAUCUCCAAACCCAAACCCAACACCUCCCCCGAGGUGUCAAAACAUAAAAUACCGAGGUAUUCUGACACGUCUCCUCCCCCGUCAGGAAAUUUGUCCACUAAAAUAGAAUUAAUAGAACCUCCCCGGUCUGGUUUUAAGCCGGUGCCGAUGCGGUUGGACUCUGGGAUCACGAGCAGUAGCACCAAGAGCCCCCUGAUCAUCGACAAGAACGAGACCUUCACUGUUUACAGGGACCCAGCACUGGUCCGCUCAGACGCAGAGAACUCUGCCUCUGCCAACCACGUGGCAGCCUAUCUCCACCCCCAUCUGCACACCCUCCAUUCCCCGUCUCCUCACUCCCCUUGCCUCACCCCUGCAUCUCACCCCCACGCUGCCUCCCACCUCCUCGCCCCGCCCCACACCUCAGCCCUACCUCACCCUCACCUGUUACCGCCUGGAGUGCUCCCGGCCAUGCCUCCUCCUGCAGCGUCUCUCCUCGGAGGACACCCUCGGCUGGACUCCCCCAGCAGUUUAGGUCAUCUCGCUCUGCCUCACCCAGCAGCCGCACACCAGCAGCAGUUCUUACAGGGUCAGGGACACCCGUCACCAGCUCUACUGGCCCAGGCUCACGGUGGGGCAGCUGGACUGGGCCUGUAUCCCAUUCUCUGGCAGUACCCCAAUGGGACACCAGCCUCCUACCCCCCUGGACUCAACCUGCCCCCUUCAGCCAAGUGGGUCCACCCUGAAAAUCCUGUCUCCGUGAAUUCUGAGGUCUCUCUCAGGAGGAACACAGCCAGUCCAUGGCUGCACCAGACAGCUGGUGGUGCUGGUGACAGCCUGGGUUUACUGAGCCAUGUUCCCGUAAGACCAGCCAGUGCCGACCCCCACCGCCCUAUCAAGAUCCACACACACGCAAGCCCUCCCCUCACAAAGGCCAGCAUGGACCUCCAUAAAGAAGACUCGAUCAGGACGUUAACGUUGGCCCAGCUGAAGCAGGAGCAGACGGACAGGAGUCGAACCCCCACAGGGAAAGAAGUCCACCUCCACCGCCUCUACUUGGACCCUCACUGCAAAGCUCGCCAGGAUGCAGUUCAGGCAGCAGAGCGAGCCAGCAAGUACAAAGAGGAGAACCGCCAAAUCCUGAAAGAGAGCAUCGAGGUAGCUCCCUACACGGCUAAGAUCCAGCGCUCCAGUGAACCCGGGAUGGACCGGGACAGAGAGAGGAGCAGAGAUCAAGCCUUCCCGGUCCGAAUACCAGCCCUCGCCUCCCCGAGCCCCAAGCCCAGCCACGCCCACCCCCACGUCAUCCAAUCAGAAAAGAGUAACUACUUCACCACGCUGUCUAACAGUGUAGUGAACGAGCCUCCGAGACUUUACCCCUCCAAGGAACUCAGCUCAUACUAUGAGAAAAACUCUGUGGGAAAUCCUGGGGUCGUGGCCGCUGUUGGAGCCGCUGUAUCCGGUCAAGGUGCUCUGACGCUGGGAAGCUACAGCUCCAAAUCUUCCCUGUGUAAGCCCCCACCGCUGAUCAAGCACCAGCCAGAGGGAGGAGAGGGGUUAGCCGGGAAGAUCACCGAGCAGCUGAGCCAGCAGGUGACUCUAGUCCAGCAGCAUCAUCAGCACCAUGCAGGGAUGGACAGGAUGGAGCGACGCAGCCCUGCCAUCUCUCCUUCCCCCUCUGCAUCCUCAGCCUACUCCUCAGCUUCCAACCACCACCAUCACCACCCCCACCACCACCACCACCAACAGCAGCAGCAGCAGCAGCAGCACCAACUCCAGCUCAGGGCAAUGCCAUCCCUCCACCGAGCGCCCGUCUUCCACCCGCCUACCCAGCACGCCCUGGAACGCAAAGAGGCUGCAGAUAGAGAGAGGGAACGGGAGAAGGAGCGUGAACGAGAGAGGGAGAGAGCAGGCUAUGGCGGACGUCUGUCUCCACCCACGCUAACACCUAUCCAGCCAGUUAGCUUAGCAGCGUCUGGCAAUAAAACAUCAGCAGAGCAACAGAAGCCCCCCACACUGCUACCAGAACUCAGGGACAUCAAAGGUCAUGGACACAUCACGGCUGUCACCUCUGUGGCCUCAGUCAUCAGUGGGGAGGCUUUGACGGACGGGUGGAGGGGUGGAGACAUGAUUCAGGAGAGAGGAGGCUCGUUCUCUGGAGAGAAAGGUGUGUCGAGGGUCAAGCCUCAAGCAGCAAUGGCGUCAGUCAUUGUGCGCCCAUCCACAUCGAUGAGAUAUGACGGUUCUGUCGGUGCUAACAAAUCUGGUGCUAUGAUCUAUAAGGAACUUCCUCACGGGAGGUUCUACCAGUCCAAGCUUCAGGGGGAAUGUUCCAGACUGGGGGACGGUGUCAGAGAUAUCGGAGCCAGCAGGGUGAUCCUACCCAACUCAAACCUGGACGACAUGUGUCUCCAGUAUAAAAAGACUUCUAUGCGUGGCAUGCAGGGAAUCAUGGGCGCUGAUACAAUAAACUCUGUGUGCAGGACUGCAGUGCCGGGGGCCUCAGCUUUUAGCAUGCAGAUCAAGAGCGGGCCUCACAUCUCUGAGCUGGGCUACCCAGUGUCAAAUCGAGUGGAUAUGUCAACCCCUAAAACUGGCAACGGUGGAUGGAUGCUGAACCACUCAGGACCGGGAGAGCACCAGGAGGGGUUAGGAUCCCGCACCACAUCUCCAGCGGGGUCACUGCCUCCCCCUAGUCCAGCAGGGACGCCACAGCCUAGUCCAAGCCUCACCCCAACACCGAGCUCCAUUUCUGGCUCCACUCAACCUUACUCCUCUGCCUUUGUCCACCUUAAGAAGCACAAAGCUGCCUUAGCUGCAGCCCAAUCCAGGAGCAACUUCUCUACUGCUCCAACCUCCAUCAUAACUGGAAACUCCUCCCAAACCGUUGACUUGAUGGACAAACCCCCCACUCACAGCUCGCCUCCUCCGCCUUCCUCCAGCCAAGCCUCGUGCUCUUCAGUCGACAGCGGUAGCUGCAGCUCAGCAAGCGGGAGCACGACACCAGGCAAAUCCAGUCCCCUCCCUAAUGGCCACACCUCCGGGUCGUCCUCCUCCAGCAGUGGACAGCCCAGUAACUAUCACAAGCUGAAGAAAGCCUGGUUAACCCGGCACUCAGAAGAGGACAGGAACACCACCGCUACCACAAGCUCCACCACUUCCACCACUUCCAAACCAGAGAAACUGCCCACCAUCACCAGCACCAGCACAAGUAAUGCCACCGCCAUGUCUGACAUGAUCAAGCCCUGCACAGUCAACCUCAGCGCCUCCACCUCCAGCGAGGUGGAGAUGAGCAAAGACAGCACAAGCAAAGCUGAGAGAGAGAGACAGCCGGAGGAGAAGUCAGGAGCAGCAUCAGGAGGAGGGGAGGAAAGGAAGGCCGCCCCGUUAUCACGACGAGCGAACAAACGGACAUAUGAGUCGGGUUCAGAGAGCGGUGGAGAUGACUCUGACGCCAGUGAGAGCAAGAUGGAGGGCAGAGCCAAGCGUCAGCCUAAACCAACCUACAAGAAGAAACAGAACGACAUGGCCAAGAAGAAGGGAGACAACGAGAAGGACGAGGAUGAUGUGAAGCCCAAUGGCAUCUUCAGAUCAGCCCGAGAGAAAACCAAGCUCAAACUGGCCAGCAGCAAUGGGAUCCCGCGCUCCGUCCUGAAAGACUGGAGGAAGGUGAAGAAGCUGAAGCAGACGGGGGAGUCAUUCCUGCAGGACGACUCGUGUUCAGAAAUCGGGCCCAACCUGCAGAAGUGUCGCGAGUGCAGAGUGAUCCGCAGCAAGAAGGGCGAGGAGCCGGCACAUUCCCCCGUGUUCUGUCGCUUCUACUAUUUCAGACGACUCUCUUACAGUAAAAAUGGAGUCAUCCGGAUGGAUGGCUUCUCUUCUCCAGACCAGUUUGACGAUGAAGCCCUGACCAUGUGGAUCCCCGGGGGGUUGGAUGAAAGCCACCUAGACCAAACCACUGCCAAGUACAUCCUCAGCUUCAUAGGAGACAAGUUCUGUCAGAUGGUUGUGAUCGAGAACACUGCAGCCACUUGGAUAAAGAAGGAUGCCAAAAUGGCCUGGAAGCGAGCUGUGAGGGGGGUCAGGGAGAUGUGUGACGCCUGCGAGGCAACACUCUUCAACAUCCACUGGGUCUGUCAGAAGUGUGGCUUCGUUGUCUGCUUGGACUGCUACAAGGCUAAGGAGAGAAGGAGCUCCAAAGAUAAAGAACUGUACGCCUGGCUCAAGUGUGUGAAAGGCCAACCUCAUGAUCACAAACACCUGAUGCCGACACAGAUCAUCCCUGGCACAGUGUUGACAGAGUUGGUGGCUUCAAUGCACUCUCUGAGAGAAAAACACAAAAUCAAAUCCCACUGUCCCUGCACCAACAAACAGAACCUGCUCACCAAGCUACCAGCCACCAACGGAGUCUCACAGGUUCUGCAGAACGUCCUGAACCACAGCAACAAACUGUCUCUGGUGAAAGCCGAGCCGGGCUCUCAGCAGAACUCCGACCAAGGAGGAACCAAGGCCGAGACCAACGGAGGAGGUGUAGGAGGAAGCAGUCCAGGCAGUGACCCAGGAAGCUCUCCCGUCACCCCUCCAGAGUCCCAGUCCCCUCUGCACUUCCUGGCUGACCUGGCAGAGCAGAAAUCCAGGGAGGAGAAGAAAGAAAACAAAGAGUCAGUUAUUCUGGGUAAAGCUGUGAAGGAGGACAAGGCGGUGGACAGCCUGGAGGUCCUGCAGCAGUGUAAAGCUACCUCCCUGGUGGCUAACAGUACAGAGCAGGGCUCCACCCUCAGAGACCUGCUCACCACCACAGCAGGGAAGCUGAAGCUGGGCUCUACUGAUGCAGGGAUUGCCUUCGCACCUGUUUACUCUGCUGCUUCACAGACCGGGAAAGGUGGGCGCUCCAUGCCUAAUAUCCUCGAUGACAUCAUUGCAUCAGUAGUAGAGAAUAAAAUCCCCGCCAGUCGCCAGAACAUCACCACCAAACUGUCAAUCAAAGAGCCUAUCAAGCUGGAGCCCGUCACCCAGGGGGGCAACAACAACAACAACAGCAGCUCUGCCACGGCCAGUGCUGAGGAUAUCAAACCAGAGAAGAAGAAACCAGUGCCUGUUACCGCAGCAGCACAAGAGGACUCGACCAACCAGUACCCAGACAUCCCCCACUGCUGGUUAAACAACAGGAAGUUACUGUGGCUGAAAGAUCACCGCAACCAGAACAACUGGAAGCUGUUCAGAGAGGGCUGGAAACAUGGACAGCCUGUGUUGGUGUCAGGGAUCCACAAGAGACUCAAUCCCACUCUGUGGAAAGCUGAAUCUUUCAACCAGGAGUUUGCAGACCACCAGGGAGACCUGCUGAACUGCAAAGACCAGGUAGUGUCCAACUCUGGGAUCAAGGAGUUCUGGGACGGGUUCGAGGACAUCACCAAGCGGCCAAAGUCCAAGGAUGGAGAGCCGAUGGUGUACAGACUGAAGGACUGGCCGUCUGGAGAGGAGUUUAUGGCGCUCAUGCCUUCAAGAUACGAUGACUUGAUGAAGAACCUGCCCCUACCUGAGUACUCGGAUCCAGAGGGCAACCUCAACCUGGCCUCCCACCUGCCGUCUUUCUUUGUCAGGCCAGACCUGGGGCCAAGAUUAUGCUGUGCCUAUGGUGUGGCUGCAUCUCAGGACCAGGAUUUUGGGACUGCAAACCUCCACGUGGAAGUCUCAGAUGUGGUCUCUGUCUUGGUCUACGUAGGAGUAGCCAAAGGAAACGGGGUCCUGUCCAAAACUGGAGUGUUGAAACGCCUGGAGGAGGAGGAUCUGGAUGAGGGGGUUCGGAGGAGGCUCAAAGACUCCAGUGAGACACCGGGGGCGCUGUGGCACAUCUACCUCAACAGAGACUUGGACAAGAUGAGAGACUUCCUGCAUAAGGUCUGCAAGGAGCAGGGAUUGGAUGUAUCACCUGAGCAGGACCCAAUCAGAGAGCAGGGCUUGUACCUGAGCAGGAAGCAGCGUCAGCGGCUGCUGGAUGAACACGGGGUUCAGGGCUGGACUGUGGUUCAGUUCCUGGGAGACUCUGUACUGAUACCAGCAGGAGCCAUGCACCAGGUGCAGAACCUCCACAGCUGUGUUCAGGUCAUCAAUGACUUUGUGUCUCCUGAGCACGUGGCCAACUCCUUCCACCUGACCCAGGAGCUACGGCCCAACAAAGAGGAGGUCAACUAUGAAGAUAAACUACAGGUGAAGAACAUCCUGUUCCACUGUGUGAAGGAGGCAGUGAGCGCCCUGAAGAGAGGAAGCUCAGAGGAAGACGACGAGGAAGAGAACUCAUGACACCCCGUCGGCCUUGUGCACGGCUUCCAGAGAGGGACGCGCCUCCCCUCAGCACCUCGCUCUCCCCGUGCCCGCCUCCCCCUCACGAGGAGGACUGUGUCACGUGACCACAGGAGGUGGUCAGGUCAGAGCUGGUCAUGUGACCCAGGGGGACGACGCGGCGUGAGCUAUCCAGGUGAGAACAGUAAGGCACGCCCACAAUUAUCACCCUGAACCUUCAGUGCCAAGAGGAGACGUAACAAACCUAAAGGGUGAGCCGGGCCGACCGGGAUUAAACCUCCACCACCAGCGACACCUCAUCUUUGUGUCUGACGGACUCACGACACAGAGAGGACACAAGGAGCCUUAAAAACUACUCUGCAGUCAAAGUGCACUACAAGCCUCCUCUGAACCAAACUGAACUCUGAAAUGUGACUGAAGGUGCAUCCUGCUAGGAUCCAGUUUCCACGGAGAGGGUCCUCUAGGUACACUUCACAGGUUUGAGGGAGAUGCUGUAAUCUGCUGUGGAUUAUAAAGGCCAGGAGGUUUAAUCCCCGUCUGCAGCAGCAGCCCACUCGGA